AGUAAAAUCUAGGGAGAUGAGUGUGAUUAGGAUUGCGUAACUGUACUGGUCCGCAUGCCGGACCGGACUACUAGAUCCCGAGGUGAUCGAGUAUAGGAAUCUGGAUAGUUAGUACUUGGUUAGUACGAGUUAGAACACGGGGCUGGUCGAACAACUUUUACGUUGCAUCGGGAUAUAGUAGAAUGAGUUUAUCGGGUCGUUCGUUGAUGGUUGUGUUGAUUUGUGCAUUGUUGGAGUCUGUGCGUUGCGCAGAAGGAAGUUGGUUCGAAAUUGACGAAGGAGAUGGGAGUUUGUUAAUUCCUGAUCUGAUCAUCAAAUAUGGAUACGAGGUAGAAAGUCAUUCGGUUACCACAGAAGAUGGUUAUGAGCUGACAAUGUUCCGUAUUCUACCGCGGCAGCCUACUGAGACUAAAAAACUUCCGGUUCUGAUGGUACAUGGCCUAAUGAGUAGUUCAGUUGAUUUCAUCAUCAUUGGCCCCAACAACAGCCUCGCCUACUUACUCGCCGACAACGGUUACGAUGUGUGGCUGGCGAAUGCACGAGGAACGCGAUAUUCCAGAAAACAUUCCACACUUUCGGUUGAUUCGGAAGAAUACUGGAGCUUUUCGUGGCACGAGAUCGGCUACUACGAUCUACCGGCCAAGAUCGAUUACAUCCUAAACACUACCAGUAGCAAUAAGCUGCAGUACAUUGGUUUCUCUCAAGGUACCACCGCCUUCUUUGUGAUGGGGUCCACACGUCCGGAAUACAACGACAAGAUAGCGCUGAUGAUCGCUCUCUCGCCUGCCGUAUUGAUCAGGCGGUUUCGCAGUCCGAUUGUAUGGCUGAUUGUAGAGGCAUUGAAGGAGAUCAAAAGACGGAAAAUUCCAUACGGUAACUUCGAAAUUGUUCCUCAUUCAUACCUGUCCUAUUAUAUAGUGCAGGUUAUAUGCGCUGAAGACGAUCCCAAUAACGUUUGUUACAAAUUUAUAUCGCUCUUUACCGGGUUCGAUCCGGAUGGGUACGAUCAAAAAUUGAUAACGGAAUACUCUGGACACUUUCCGGCCGGUGCUUCGAUCAACCAAUUCAUCCACUACGCUCAAGUCUAUACGAACAACGGUUUCCAGCAGUACGACUACGGACGGAAGCAAAACAUCCAACGGUACGGUACGAAGAAACCUCCCGUCUACAAUCUGAAACUGGUGACGGCACCGAUCCUGAUGUACUACGGCCUUAAUGACUGGCUGGUGCAUCCGCAGGACGUUUUGGAUCUGGUGAAGAAACUGCCAAGGGUGAUCGCUGCCAAGCAGGUUACGGACGAACGGUUCAACCAUAUCGAUUUCAUCGCGGCGAAGAACGUCCGAUCGCUGCUGUACGAUCAGGUGAUCGAGGCGAUGGAGGAAUACAAUCAAAACUGAGUGGUGUACUCCUGAGACGAGUACCCUAGUAAUCAUAGUAACGAAUCUGGCUCAAAACAGCUUUAACCCUUCCAGGGCUUACUUAACUAUGCAGCUGUUAUUGCAAAUUUAGAUAAGGUUUGUGUUCAAAAACAUAAAAAUUACAAAAUAUUCAAAAUUUAUUUUUAUAUUGGACAUGCUUUUUGUUGGAGAUUUCUGGGCCUUCUGGAGUGCUUCAUUCUGUGGUGAACACGAAAAAUGAGUUAAACUGGAGCAUCCGGUGAGUUUGUUCUUUGUUGUUUCCUUUCGGUAUGUGGACUCUAUAUUCUUUAUUUUAUUGAUUCACCAAAGAUGAUAUUUUUGUUUUUUUUAAGUGUAUGUAUCUUUUAAAUAUUCUACAGAAAAAAUUUAACAAAGUCAAAAAAAAAAAUGAACUAGUGGAAUCCUCGAAUUCAGAUGAUUAAGCUAUAGGGCGGUUGAGAAUAAAUGGCCGUGUGAAUAAGAUAUUUUUAACUUUAUUUAUUGAAAUAUUGAAAACCUGAAUCUCCCUAUUUUUCGAUAUUUCGCAUCUAGAUUUCUCUUUAUGAUCGGGCAGCACCUAAGUCCGAAAACAUAUUAUCUGUUUUCAUGGUAAUGUCUUCUCUUCUCAAUGUUUCCUUGUUCUAAUUCAGUCUCGUUUGUGAUUGCCUUAAAUUUUGUCUUCUAAUGUCUAUAUACCCGAAGCCUAUCCAUUACU